UGGGCACUGACUGGCGGCACUGACUGGCACAACCGCUGGGCACUGACUGGUGGCACUGACUGGCAGCACUGCUGGGCUGCACUGGUGGGUGGCACUGGUGGGCAGCACUGGUGGGUGGACACAGGUGGGUGGCACUUCUGGGCACAGGUGGGCGGAACUUGCGGGUGGCACUGCUGGGCACCGAUCAUCAGGGCACUGAUCAUCAGUGCCCUGAUGAUCGGUGCCGAUCCCCGCUCUGACAACUGCCGCUUCUCGGCAGUACUUUCCUCACGAUCUGACAUUGUGAGGAAAGUGCAGCCGAGAACCAGCACUUGC